GUAGCGGAGCCAGCAUUCGCAGCAUUCACGGCUCACAAGGAGGAGCUAUCGGUGCACAAAGGGUGCCUGCUGUGGGGAGACCGGGUCGUGGUCCCCACAGCCCUGCAGCAAAAGGUACUACACGCCCUGCACGAGGCACACCCGGGCAUCGUGCGGAUGAAAGGCCUCGCACGGAGCUACGUCUGGUGGCCAGGCAUCGACGCAGAGGUGGAGGCUUGGGUGAAGCGCUGCCCCACUUGCCAGGCCGUGAGGCCCAGCCCGCCGGGGGCUCCCUCUCAAUCCUGGGAAUCCACACACACCCCGUGGUCGCAGCUGCACAUUGACUUUGCCGGACCUUUCCAUGGACUAUUGUUUCUAGUGAUGGUGGAUUCCCACUCCAAGUGGCUAGAAGUGAGCCCUGUCUCCGCAACGUCCACCAAAGCAACCAUCCGAGCCCUCAGAAAGAUCUUCGCCACACACGGCCUGCCAGACACGAUCGUUUCGGACAACGGGACGGCGUUCACGUUGGAGGAGUUCCAGCAGUUCCUCAGCGGCAACCUGAUCAGGCACAUCAGGUCAGCGCCUUUCCACCCCGCGACCAACGGCCAAGCAGAGCGAAUGGUGCGGACUACGAAAGAAGUGCUGAGCCGCUUGAUGGAGGGGGACUGGGAGCGGAGAAUUGCGCAGUUCCUCCUGGCGCAGCGCACCAUGCCCAACCCAGUGAGCGGCCGAUGCCCAGCCGAGCUCCUCAUGGGAAGAAGACCGCGAACCCUGCUGGACCGCCUACACCCGGAUAGAGCUCCUGAAAUGCAGAGCUCGCCUGAGCAGCAGGAGGUGCCUCGUGGAUUUUUCCCGGAAGACCCGGUCUUUGCCAGUAACUUCGCCAGGGGCCCGGAGUGGCUAGCGGGGUGCAUCAUUCGGCCCCUAGGAUCGGUAAUGUACGAAGUGUCUACCAAGUGUGGUCAAGUACUGCGGAGGCACAUCAAUCAGCUCCAGCGGCGCAUGCUCCCGGAACACACAGGCACCGAAGGCCCGGAACCACAGCCGGCGCUCGAGAAGGACGCACCUCCACCCCUAGCAUUGGUCUCUACCCCGGGAGAGCAGCCGAGCCCGACACCAGGUCCACCGACGAUCGCGGAAGAGGCCCCAGCUACAGGAGUCGCAGAGCCAGAGGGCCCUCCACAGGCAAUACACCCCGACAUAGAAGGCGAGGCCCCCGAGGUCCCAAUACCAACCCCCCGACGGUCCACUAGAGAACGACGGUCCCCAUCUUAUUUGAAGGACUAUGUCACCUAG